UCUGAACACUAAGCAAAACCAAUCUCCUCAUCCACCUCUCUGCACAAAUCCUGGCAAUCCGGUGUUUUCCUGUAUGCUGGAUCCCAAAACACUCAUGACCAAUGGUACUUUGACAAAGCCUCGGGUUUUACUGUUUAAAACAACUUCAAGUGAAUAUGGUGCUAUAGCACCCGUCUCACAGAUGGUGCCCUGUACUUACCAUCCAAUGGAUCAAACCUUUUCAAAACACUUACUCACCUGUGGGUCAUUUCACGACAGCUGUUUAAACACUGCCAUGGACAGGAGCAGGGUAUACGACCACCUCAGUCUCCAGCAUACUCUGUAA